ACCGACGCCGCGCGCCCUCUCCGAGCCGCAGACACGCCUGCGCCUCAGUCGCCUCGGCCCCGCCUCCGCCGGGCGGCGCGCCCUCCGACAGUGGUGGGCGCAACCGCUGAGCCGGCGGCGGCUGGGGCGCCGCAAAGCAUCCCGGGAGAGCGCGCUCGCGCCGGAAGGUCGCGCGCGGCGGCGGUGGCGGCGGCGGCGGCGAGGUUAUAAAAGGGAGCGAGGCGCAGGCAGGCGGAAGUGGGCGGUUCGUCGGCGCCUUGUCCUGUUGUUUGGGGUUUGGGCUUCUGGAGGGGCGUUCUCGGGAGGGCCGCCGGUGCAGGCCGCGCUGACCGGGCCGCUCUCCGCUUCGCCCUGGGCUCUGCGUGCUCGCGCUCUCUUCGUCCCACGGGCCCCAACAUGGCGCAGGAGGUGUCGGAGUACCUGAGCCAAAACCCGCGAGUAGCCGCCUGGGUGGAGACGCUUCGCUGCGAGGGCGAGACGGACAAACACUGGCGCCACCGCCGGGAGUUUCUGCUUCGCAAUGCCGGGGACCUGGUCCCCGGGACCGAGGAGGCUGCGGACGCGGAGAGUGGAAGCCGCGGUCGGCAACUCCAGCAGCUCGUCUCCUUCUCCAUGGCCUGGGCGAACCACGUCUUCCUAGGGUGCCGGUACCCUCAAAAAGUUAUGGAUAAAAUUCUUAGUAUGGCUGAAGGCAUCAAAGUGACAGAUGCUCCAAUCCAUACCACACGAGACGAACUGGUUGCCAAGGUGAAGAAAAGAGGGAUAUCGAGUAGCAAUGAAGGGGUAGAAGAGCCAUCCAAAAAACGAGCCAUAGAAGGAAAAAACAAUUCUUCAGUUGAGCGAGAUCAUGGAAAAAAGUCUGCCAAAACCGAUCGUUCAGCAGCUCAGCAAGAAAACAGUUCAGCAUCCAGGGGGUCUUCGUCCUCCAAAUCAGAGAGUAGUGGGACCUCAGCUCGGAGCUCCAGCGCCUCCCAUCAGAAUAGUUCCACAAGUGAAGGAGAUAGAUCUGUUUGCAGCCAGAGCAGCAGCAGUUCCUCUCAGGUAACAGCAGCAGGGUCUGGAAAGGCUUCAGAAGCCCCAGACAAACCUGGUUCAGCAUCAUUUGUUUCUUCUCUGUUGAAAUCCAGUACGAAUAGUCACAUGACCCAGUCCACUGAUUCCAGACAGCAGAGUGGAUCACCUAAAAAGAGUGCUUUGGAAGGUUCUUCAGUCUCAGCCUCUCAGAGCAGCUCAGAGAUUGAGGUGCCCUUGUUGGGUUCCUCUGGAAGUGCAGAAGUAGAGUUGCCAUUACUGUCUUGUAAGUCUAGUUCAGAGACAGGUUCAAGUGGGUUAACAUCUAAAACCAGUUCAGAGGCCAACAUUUCAUCAUCAGUUUCUAAAAACAGUGCCUCAUCAGGCAGCUCCUUACUAACUCCCAAGAGCAGUUCAACAAAUACAUCACUACUGACAUCCAAAAGCACUUCUCAGGUGGCUGCAUCACUGUUAGCUUCCAAAAGCAGCUCCCAGAGCAGUGGAUCUGUAGCUUCCAAAAGCACUUCCUUAGGAAGCAUGUCUCAGCUAGCUUCUAAGAGUAGUUCUCAGAGUAGCACUUCACAGUUGCCUUCUAAAAGCACCUCACAGGCCAGUGAAAGUUCUGUCAAAUUCACUUGUCGAAAGUUAACCAAUGAAGAUAUAAAACAGAAGCAGCCUUUCUUCAAUAGACUGUAUAAGACAGUGGCUUGGAAGUUAGUAGCAGUUGGUGGCUUUAGCCCCAAUGUGAAUCAUGGAGAGCUGCUGAAUGCAGCUAUUGAGGCUCUGAAAGCAACACUGGAUGUGUUUUUUGUCCCACUGAAAGAACUGGCAGAUCUGCCUCAAAAUAAGAGCUCUCAAGAAAGUAUUGUCUGUGAAUUGAGGUGUAAGUCAGUGUAUUUGGGCACUGGCUGUGGAAAAAGCAAAGAAAAUGCAAAAGCAGUUGCAUCGAGAGAAGCACUUAAGUUAUUUCUCAAGAAGAAGGUGGUGGUAAAGAUCUGUAAAAGGAAGUACAGAGGCAAUGAGAUAGAAGAUCUAGUACUCCUCGAUGAAGAGUCCAGGCCAGUAAACUUACCUCCAGCACUGAAACAUCCUCAAGAAUUACUGUAAUUUCUCCAAGUUAUCACUGCAUCCAGUAUCUGAUGUUUGAAGAGAAGAACUGGCUUUUAUAUAAAACACUGGCUUUCACAGAUUUUAUAUUGCUUUUUUCCAGUUUUGCAGAAAAUUUAAAUUCUUGUUCUCUUCACUAAAGUAGAGCUGUAAAUAAUUUAUGAAUGACAGUACAUAUUAAAGGGUAUACAUUGACAGCA